CUGAUAAGAAGGCUUGAGGGUGUGCCUGCCUCUCCUCGCCUGCACGAGAAGUCCGCCUCACGCCGUCUGCGCGGCUCACUUUCUCAUUUGAAAGAGGACGAGCUGCGCCGCGCCGCGCCGCACACAGACGUGCUGCGUACUUCCACUCAGUGUGACAUUUGUAAUUCCUGUGGGCGUUUCUGUUGCCGCACUGGCACAGGGCAUUGUUGCUCAACUUUGAGAAGUAGGCUGCACACAGUGGGUGGAUUUAGUUUUUUUCUCGAGCUGAGACGGAAUGUGCGGAUUCCGUCUCAGCCGCUCCUCUCGUGUUUUCCCAGCGGAACGUCGUCGUGACUCCGGUCCGUCUACGGCGGCUUUCAGCGUCACCCGCGGCGAGCAUGCAGCAUGACGUGGAGUUGCACUUGUGCCUCUAACAGGCUGUUUACCUGCGUGGAAACGGGGCAAGGUUGCAUGUCGUGUCCGUGCAGAAGCUUCGUGUGAGCGGCGGCCGUGCGUAACGCCGGCUCUCCAUGGAGGACCGCUGGACCGGCCGCUCUUUGCAGUCAACGCUCUAAGUUACGCUUGAAAACACGAUGAAUCAAGACCAAGAAGGGAUUUCCUUCCCGGUGCCUUGCUUCGGCGCUGGUCCCGACAGAGAGGCUGUCAGCGGGGAACAUUCCAGCAGCGGCGGCAGCGGCGGCGGAGGUGGCUGCGGAAUUCCAGCAGCCGGGACUUUCUGGCAUGACCCGCUGGCUGGAAGCAGCGCACUCAGCCCGACCUCCGGGGACGGUCCGGUGGAAGCCGGGUGCUUGCUGUCAGCCGGCAAGUCGAGCAAAAGCAGGCCGGUGACGGUGGCUUAUGUGGUGAACGGCGAGGCGAGCCAGCAGAACCACGCCGAGAGCAUGGCCCUGCAGUGCCUGAAGGACGCCUGCGACAGGGUGGGCAGCAAGCUGGACGCGGUGAACUUCAGCAAACUGGACUUUGGGGAGACCACAGUUCUGGACCGCUUCUACAACGCAGACAUAGCUGUGGUGGAGAUGACGGAUGCUUUCCGCCAGCCCUCGCUCUUCUACCACCUGGGAGUCAGAGAGAGCUUCAGCAUGGCCAACAACAUCAUCCUGUACUGCGACACUAACUCGGAGUCUCUCCAGUCUCUGCAGGAGAUAAUUUGCCAGAAGAACACUACAUGCUCAGCCAACUACGCCUUCAUCCCGUACAUGGUUACGCCUCACAACAAGGUGUACUGCUGCGAGAGCAGCCUCAUGAAGGGUCUGACCGAGCUGAUGCAGCCUAGCUUCGAGAUGUUGCUGGGACCCAUCUGCAUGCCCCUGCUGGACCGCUUCAUUCAGCUGCUCAAAGUCUCGCAGGCCAACUCUCACCAGUACUUCAGAGAAACGAUUCUGAAUGAGAUCCGUAAAGCCCGUGAACUUUACACCGGCAUGGAGCUUUCAGCCGAACUGAGCCGAAUUCAGCAGCGGCUGGACAACGUGGAGUGUCUUUCAGUCGAUGUGGUCAUCAACCUGCUGCUGACAUACAGGGACAUCCAGGAUUAUGAGUCCGUUGUGAAGCUGGUUGAAACGCUCGAGAAGCUGCCGACGUUUGACCCCAUGUCUCAUCCACACGUGAAGUUCCACUAUGCCUUUGCACUGAACCGGAGGAACCUGCCUGGUGACCGACAGAAAGCCCUGGACAUCAUGCUGCCCUUGGUGGAAGGGGAGGAGCAGGUAGCGUCGGACAUCUACUGCAUGGUGGGACGGAUCUAUAAGGACAUGUUCCUGGAGUCUCACUUCAGGGACACGCAGAGCAGGGACAGAGGCACCCUCUGGUUUAAAAAGGGGUUCGAGUCGGAGCCAACGCUGCACUCUGGCAUCAACUAUGCCGUUCUACUGCUGGCAGCUGGACACCAGUUUGACACGUCGUUCGAGCUCCGCAAAGUCGGAGUUAAACUGAGCAGCCUGCUGGGCAAAAAGGGCAGCCUGGACAAGCUGCAGAGUUACUGGGAUGUGGGCUUCUUCCUGGGUGCCAGCAUACUGGCCUGCGACAACACCAGGGUCAUCCAGGCCUCCGAGAAACUCUUCAAGCUCAAAGCUCCCAUCUGGUAUCUGCGUUCUCUAGUAGAGACAAUCUUGAUCUACCAGCAAUUUAAGAAGCCCGGCAGCGAGCCGCCAGCACCCAAACAAGAGCUGGUGGACUUUUGGAUGGACUUCCUGGUGGAGUCGACUAAAAAAGAUGUCUCUUCUGUUCGGUUUCCUGUGCUGAUAUUGGAGCCUACAAAAGUCUACCAGCCUUCAUAUUUGUCCAUAAACAAUGACGUGGAAGACAACACCGUGUCCAUCUGGCAUGUUGCUCCAGAUGACAAGACCAAAGGGAUACAUGAGUGGAACUUCGUUGCUACAUCUGUCCGAGGUGUCAGCAUCUCCAAGUUUGAUGAACGCAGUGCCUUUCUCUACGUCUUGCACAAUGCAGAGGACUUCCAGAUCUAUUUCUGCACAGAGAUGCAUUGUAAAAGGUUCUGCGAUCUGGUCAACAGCAUCGCAGAGGAAGCCUGGAAGUCUCCUGAAGAAGGAGACUGUGACACUGAUGCCUUAGAGUAUGACUACGAGUACGACGAACACGGAGAGAGGGUGAUCCUGGGAAAGGGCACGUUUGGAGUCGUCUAUGCGGGCCGAGACCUCAGCAACCAGGUCCGAAUAGCCAUCAAGGAAAUACCGGAGAGAGACAGCAGGUACUCUCAGCCGCUCCACGAGGAAAUCGCCCUCCACAAGCACUUGAAGCACAAGAACAUUGUCCAGUACCUGGGCUCCAUCAGCGAGAACGGCUUCAUCAAGAUCUUCAUGGAGCAGGUCCCUGGAGGAAGCCUGUCGGCACUGCUGAGGUCUAAAUGGGGCCCUCUGAAAAACAACGAGCCCACCAUCGGCUUCUACACGCGGCAGAUCCUGGAGGGGCUCAAAUAUCUGCACGACAACCAGAUAGCUCACAGAGACAUCAAGGGCGAUAAUGUCCUCAUCAACACCUACAGCGGCGUCCUGAAGAUAUCAGAUUUUGGCACAUCCAAAAGAUUGGCUGGAAUCAACCCCUCCACUGAAACCUUCACAGGCACAUUACAGUACAUGGCCCCUGAAAUUAUAGACAAAGGUCCCAGAGGAUACGGCAAACCAGCAGACAUCUGGUCGUUGGGCUGCACCAUCAUAGAGAUGGCAACUGGUAAACCACCUUUCUAUGAACUGGGAGAACCACAAGCCGCCAUGUUCAAGGUCGGUAUGUUUAAGAUCCAUCCAGAGAUCCCGGACACAAUGUCAGCAGAGGCCAAGGCGUUCAUCCUGCGCUGUUUUGAGCCCGACCCGGACCGGCGCUCCACCGCCAUUGACCUGCUCACCGACGAGUUCCUCACCGUCACCAGCCGCAGGAAGAAGAGCAGGACCAGCCUUACAGCUCCGUCUUCAGGAUCAGAGUACCUGCGCAGCAUCUCCCUGCCGGUGCCGGUGGUGGUGGAGGACACCAGCAGCAGCAGCGAGUACGGCUCCGUCUCUCCGGACAACGACCUCAAUACGAACCCGUUCAGCUUCAAGCCCAGCAUUAAGUGCUACAGCGAGAAAGACAUCAAGGGGCAGAGGCCUCUUUUCCUCAGCAUUCCCGUGGAAAACUUUGAGGACCACAGCGCACCGCCAUCUCCAGAUGAGAAGGACACUGGCUUCUUUAUGCUUAGGAAGGACAGCGAGAGGCGAGCCACCCUGAACCGUAUCCUCACUGAGGACCAGGACAAGGUUGUAGGCAACCUAAUGGAGGCUCUCACACAGGGGCCGGAGGAAAUGAAGCUGAAACCUCAGCACAUCUCCACCCUCGUCGUGAGCUUGGCCGACUUUGUCCGCGUGGCCGACAGGAAGGUCAUCGCCAACACCCUGUCGCAGCUCAAGCUGGAGCUGGACUUUGACAACUCCGCCAUCAACCAGCUGCAGGUGGUGCUGUUCAGCUUCCAGGAUGCCGUGAACAAAGUGCUGCGGAACCACAACAUCAAGCCCCACUGGAUGUUUGCUCUGGACAACAUCAUCCGGAAAGCCGUCCAGACCGCCAUCACCAUCCUGGUGCCAGAGCUGAGGCCACACUUCAGUCUGAACUCCGAAAGCGACCCGGCGGAUCAGGACGACUUCGACGACGACGCGGAGCCCGGCAGAAACUCGACCCACCAGAGCCGCGCGCCGGCCGUCGUCGCCCACGACGACACGGUGGCCACGUCGGGAGUCAGCACGCUCAGCUCCACCGUCUCCCACGAGUCUCACAACGCGCAGCGCUCCGUGAGCAUGGAGCUGGGCAGGAUGAAGCUGGAGACCAACAGGUUGCUCGAAGAGCUGCUGCAGAAGGAGAGGGAGUAUCAGGCCAUUCUGCAACAAGUGCUGGAGGAGAGGGAGCAGGAGAUCAGACUGCUGAGGAUGCGAUCGGAGUCUGCAGAGCCCCCCACAGCUUCAGAGGGCCUUCAGGGGCAGAGAAGUGAAGCUGCGGACAGACGUGAAGACCCCGAGUUGUCCAACUGGCUCCGGCUUUCCGGUGCCGACCAAGACGCUAUAGACAGGAUACUGAACGAGGAGUACACUUUAAAUGACAUCCUUCAUUAUGUGACAAGAGAUGACCUGAAGAGUUUAAGACUGAGAGGUGGAGUUUUGUGUAAACUAUGGAAGGCCAUCGCAGACUUCAGGCAGAAGCCAGCCUGAUGCCAACAGCUUGGCAUCCUCCAUCUUUUACCUCUAUUUAUAGGAACAACCAGACAUUCAAGAGGGGGAAAAUAAACCUGCCUUCACCAGGAACGCAGGGCAACUUUCCAACCACGCAAGUUUCUUCUGGGGAUUUUUUUUUUUUUUUCUAAUUUUAAAAAAACAACGAUUUUGGACUUCAGCAGAUUUUUAAAACUAUUAGAAAAGUGCCAUUGGAUUUGAUAGGACUGUCGGAUAAGAGACACUGUUUUCUUUUUUUACACGUCUGAAAUGGAAAAAGAUUUAACUAUUACCGUUAAAUUUUGCUAUUACUGUUUAACUAUUAUGUUGAGCUUGUUUGAAACAAAACAGUUUCUCCAGUCUUUACAUUACGUUUACAGAAAUGGAGACUGACUGUUUAAAAAAAAAAAAAAAGCCUGAGAUACAAAUUACUACAUCUGACAUCCUCUCUACUAAUAUUUUUAUUGAAAAAUCGUAUCACUACUUUAUUUAAACUGAUUUUAUUUAAUUGUACUAUGGAACAUGUCAGAGCAUGCUCCCUCUUUUUGGUUCUUUUUUUUUAUUUAAAUACUUUCUUUUACAUUUCUUUUUAAGCUGCAAAUAUGCAGUUUAAUUGCUAAAGAUAUUUUUCAUGUAAAUAAUGUGUUAUACAUUCUCUGUGAAUGACUUUUAUGUACUUUAUAGAAGAUAUUGCUAAAUAUAGCUAAUCCUUCAUGUGAAUUGGACCAAGUCUCUAUAUUGAAGACGUGGGAAAUAUGAACUGUAUAUUUUAUUUUCUAGUCUCGGCUGUCAUAGGAAGUAGCAUACAGUUGGUAAUUAAUUAAUAUCACCUGAUCUGAUGAUUGGCUUUUGUUGUUGUACACUGGCACAGUUGUGUUUAUAUCUUGCUCGUGAUCUUUGACUCAAAUGUACCUUGUGGUGAAGAUUCUGAAAUGCAAACAAGUUUCUCAUUCAUGGGUCUUUUUUAACAAUUUUCUCUGAAAUGGCGGGGGGCAAAAAAUAAUCUUGAGCAGUUUGUCAGUUUCAUUUUAUAUUGAAAAUGAUUCAAGACUUUUGUCUCAUAGUUAAAAUAAAAAUGUUCAUGUUGAAGCUGUGAAAAAAAA